UAUAUUUUUUAUUUAAUGCAUAUGUAUGCAUAGUAGAUCCAACGGGACUUUCCCAUUCCCCGGCGACCAUACCAGAUUUGGGAAAAUCCCAAUUGAAAGUCUCAAAACAAUCAAAACAUGGUAAACUGAUUGAUUCUGGAGAAGAUUUCCUUCUUCUUCUGCAACAAACAACAACAACAACAACAACAACAAGAGCAGAGAUGUUGGGAACUGUGCAGCUGGGCAUGGUGGCGGCGCUGGUGGUGGUGCUGGUCCCGAUGGGCAUGGCGGGAUGGCAUCUCAGCCGCAACAAGAUGCUCUUCUUCAGCGGCGCCCUCUUCAUCUCCCUCGCCGUCGGCGUCCACCUCUCCACCCCCUUCUUCCCUUCCUCUCUCUCCUCCUUCUUCGUCUCCUCUCUCUCCUCCGCCGUCGUCGUCUUCGACUCCCGCCGCCACUCCUGCCUCUCCCUCCUCCACGACGUCGUUUGGAACCUCACCCUCUCCGACUCCAAUUCCUCCUCCCUCCAUUACCACAAAUCCUGGUCAUGGCCGAACUCCUCCUCAAGCUGUAAUUUUCAGACUCUCUCCCGCUCCGACGCCUCCGAUCUCCUCAACGGUUCGUGGAUCGUCGUCGCCGGUGACUCCCAGGCCCGCUUUGUCGCUCUCUCUCUCCUCCGCCUCCUCCUCGCGGACUCCAAUUCCUUCGAUUCUGCCAAAGUUGAUCUCUUUAAGCGCCACAGCGAUUACCAAACCCUAAUUCCCGAGAUCGGCGCCAGGCUCGACUUCGUCUGGGCUCCCUACGCCGAUAAUCUCACCGAUUUGGUCGCCGCCUUCCGCCGCCGCUCCCCGCCGGACGUCCUCGUCAUAAACUCCGGCCUAUGGCACAUGCUUCGCGUCACCAAUGAAUCCGAUUACGCACUUUCCUUGAAAAAGCUGAGAGAUUCCGUCGUUUCUCUGGUUCCUUACUCGCCGGAGCUCGCCGGCGACGGGACGAGAUCACAAGCGCCGGCGCUGCAGCCGCACUUGUUCUGGAUUGGUAUGCCGACGCUGAUAAACUCGAUGCUGAACACGGAGGAGAAGAGGGAGAAGAUGACGGACGAGAGGAGGGGAUCUUACGACAGGCAGCUAUGGAAGAGCAAGCUGCUGCGGCAAUCCGGUGGGCCCCUCUUGAUGCUGGACAUCGAGUCGUUGAGUUGGAAUUGUGGGGUUCGGUGUACGGAGGAUGGGAUGCAUUACGAUCUGCCUGUCUAUGAAGCCGCCGUUCAGAUCAUGCUCAAUGCUUUGCUCAUUGACUCUCAUCAGAAGCUCUGAAUCAACUACUUCGGUAUAUAUAUUAUGCCUUUGGUAUUCUUCUUCUUCUUUUUCUUCUUUGCCUUUUGUUUUUCUGCCAUUUUUCAGAUUAACCCAGGACAGAGUAGGUCCGGUAGUGAUAUUCUUUAUACUUUUUUUUUAGUCCUUUUUUCUUUAAUAUGAAAUAUGUAUGAUUGAUUAUUAUUCAAUAAUUACACUUCUUGUAUAUUAGAGAUCAGAGAAGGGAUUUGGUUAUGUUUUCACGUCCAAUUCUGACGUGAAACAAUCGAAAAAGUACUGUGUAAAUUGAAAAUACAAACACCCUUUUGUCAUUUUUUCCUCUCUCUUUUGCAGAAAUAAAAGUGAUUUGAUAUGAUUAA